AUGUCUUCGGUUUCUCGCAUCCGAGGCGGUCUGGUGAACGCCCAACGGGAGGUUUCCAGGCGUGCCGAUGCGGCCAACCUGCCCAAUGCUAUUCACCGGCCUGAUGAAGAAGCUCCCGACAUUCAUUCUCGCAACGAAACUUCAAUAACUUAUGAAGGUGCAUCUAUCAACGCCAUCAGUCAUAUAGAGAGCGAUAGUCGUAUUGCUGGCGACGACAUCAUCGGCGAAUGCUCGAGCCCUUCCGUUACGACUCAAGAUCAUCUUGAAACAACCGAAAAGACGACACUGAACUUUGGAGCUACUUCUUCAAAUGUUGAAGACAUGAAUGGGGCGCAAGAACCUCCUGCUCAGAGCUCCGCUGAUGGAGCUCAGUCAACCACUCAACGCCUUAGCAAAGCUGCCCGAGAGAAUCCUAUGCUUGCUGCAGCCACUGUGGUCACCGGAGCAGGAGUUGCUGUCAUUGCUGCUCCUGUUCUCAUCACAGCUCCUAUUAUGGGGAUAGCUGGAAUGGUGGGAUUUACGCCGGCAGGAGUAGCUGGAGCUUCUAUUGCAUCGGCAUUGCAAGCAAGCAUCGGCAAUGUUGCUGCCGGAAGUAUUUUCGCCACGAUUCAAAGCGCUGCAGCUGGAGGAUACGGUGUAGCGGCUUUGGCUGGCACGGCUCAGGCUGUUGGAGGUGCCGUUGCCGGCGCUGGAAGCAUUGGCACAGCUUGGACUUGGCUGAGAGGCAAGGCGAAAGAAGAUAUACAAGAGGGAGAAUCAUCAAAAGCAAAGCCACCACAGCAGUAA